CAACCUAUCACAUAUGCCCCACAGAUUCUCCGACAAAGAUUAGUCAUCACUAACAACGUUGAAAACUUCGUACCAAUAUAUAGUAACUAAAAAAAGACAUAAGCGUCCUCAUUAGAUCUAGAUUCUCAUAAUUAUAUUAUUUAUUUGACAGUAAUGUUAACUAGUUAUUUUUAUAAGUGUACCAGAUUCUCUUAAUUAAUAAAUUUUUACUUAUAUUGUUAGCUAGCAUUAGAAUAAUCCAAAUCCAUAAUUCAACAAGUAACCAGCAGUGGGGUUUGACCAUUUGAAGCCAAUAUAAAUAACAUCUAUAGCCAAAAGGGAAGACAGUACAAGAAACCACAUAAAUUAUUGCCUAAUAAGAACAUGAAUCAGUCUUUUCUCCACAACCCAGAUAUGGAAAUGUUGCAAGACCCUUCAGAAAUUUUAUUCGAAUCAUUUAAUGUUCACGAUUCUCUUUCCUUCGACAUGGUCGAUUCCUCAUCAAGUUCACAGACACCAGUGUCUCCGAACUCGAUGAAGCCAUAUGAAGCUAAAGAAGUAUUGCAGAAUAAUAAUAAUAAGAUGGAUCAAAAGUCUUAUAUAGGUGUAAGAAAAAGACCUUGGGGAAAAUUUGCAGCAGAGAUCAGAGAUACAACAAGAGGAGGAAGAAGGGUUUGGCUUGGAACAUUUGAUAGUGCUGAAGAUGCUGCUUUAGCUUAUGAUCAAGCUGCAUUUUCAAUGAGAGGUAAUAAUGCUGUUAUCAAUUUUCCUGUUCAAAGGGUUAAAGAAUCUUUGCAAGAGAUUCAAUAUAAAUGUAUAAAAGGGUCUUCACCUGCACUUGCACUCAAAGAGAGACACUAUGAACAGAGAAAGUUGUCAUCAAAAGCAAGAAAGAAUAAUAAAGCAGAGAAACAAGAAUCAGCAGAGGGAUCAUCAUCAAGUGUGUUGGUGUUAGAAGAUUUAGGAGCUGAAUAUCUUGAGCAACUUCUAAGUAUGUCUGAUACUGAUAAUCAAAGUACAAACACCAGCUUCUAAUCAAAUUGUUAAUUUUAAUAAUUUUCUCUCUUAAAAUUUUUGGUUCUUGUUUUUGCAGUUUUUACAACAUAAAUUAUUGAGCUAGGGCAAUUUUGCAUAGAAAAAUGUGGUUGCUUUCAAGUUCUAACUGAACUGUUUGAUUCACUAGAUAUAUUUUGUUCUCUCUGAUUUCAAUUUAUUGGUACCUUAGUAAUUGAGAAUCAUCAUCAUAGCUUGGUACCUUAAGUAACAUACAAAUAUUUUUGGCAGGAACUUUUCAUGUUGGAUAGUAUAAAAAUUACUUUAAUACCUAACAUGCUGUAUUAUUAAAAUACACAUCAUAAAUACAAUUAAUGAAUCAAAUAAAGACAUCAGAUGUGAGUUGACCGGGACGUGAGUUUAUAAGUAAGAGACAAUUCUCACCAUACAAACUGAUCGAUUUUGUAGCAUUGAGUUAGACCAAAUACUUAAUUCUAAGAUGGUAUCAGAGUCUCUCCAAGAUCUGGUGGGCCACCCGCUGUCGGGCCACCUAUCAUUUAUAUCCACACACUAAGUCUGAUAGUGUUGUACGUGAGAGAGUGUGUUAAGAAGUCUCACACAGAUGUGAGUUGGUCUGAACAUGAAUUUAUAAGUAAGAGACAAUCCUCACUUUACAAGAUGAUUUUGUAAGGUUAAGUUAGACUCAAUACUCAAUUCUAAGAGAAAAUUUAAAAGAUACAUUUCCAGAGGUGAAGAGAUGUGAUCUAGAAAUGAAAGACAUUUUAAUUUCCUAUAGAUAGAGGAUGAAGAUUCCGGUACA